UUUUUUGACAUGUAUAGCAACUGGUUUAUAUCAUUGCUAUGUCUUUUCAUUGUAUUUUUAUCUUGCCUGUCAAUAGGAUUUGGAAGUUGGUUUGAAACAAACAAUUUAAUCAGCUCAUCUUCAGCUACUAUCAGUGAACUUUUCUCGUUCCUUAAAUUGUCCCUGCAUUCUUCCGAGGCAAAUCAUGCCAUUCAGUUGACAUUUGGCUUAUGGAAGUACUGUAUUAUAGACCAUAUCAACCAUACGCAUGUAUGCUCACCUACACGAAUGAAUUUUCAUAUCGAUACGAAAUCAAUUAUUCACUAUCUAAACAAUAAUCAUUUAAACAAUGUCCCUGCUCUGUCGGCCACAUCGUACGUCCGUGUCAUUUCUUUGCUCUUUGCUACCUUGGGGGCUGUGCUCUCUAUUGCCCGGAAAAAAAAGAGAGACUUACAGAGAAAGGCAAUUUUGAAAUUCAUCAGCUUACAGAGUUUAAUCAGCGCGACAUUAACCGCCACUGCGCUGGGAGUAACCCUAAGAGAUUACACAACUGAUAUUCAAUCAGCUUGUAUGGGUCUGGAAAAUGGUUAUAUCUGCUCAAGUUACACACCUAGUUUUGAAAUUAUAUUAAUUGGAAUUUCAAUCGGUCUUUUUGUGGUCUGUACUGCCUUUGGCAUCAUUUGUUCUCAAUUGUCUCCUCCACCUGUAAUCGAUACGUAUGCUCACUAUUCUGAAAACCAAAGCAUUCACGACACCUCAAGUAUCCAAGUGAUUAAUGAGAAUGUACCAGAUAGCGAUAGUCAUGAUAUGGAAAAACUCGAAUUAGAUUAUAGCAGCCCAUCAUCAUCCUCAAACCAGCGAGCGUCUUUAAGACCACCACCACAGCGACAGCGAUCUGUACGAACCAACGAUAAAAGAACAUCUGUCGUUGAAAACAAAGUAUAUUCAGAUGCCGAUGAAACGCAUCAUGAUGCGGUACCUAAUGACUUCUAUUCAUCUUUUGGACAAGAAAAUAUCUUGUCAUACCUUUGGGCUUUCCAAGGGAAUUAUGUGGCUGCAGAUGAUUCAUCUCAGUCUUCCUAUAACCAUCGAACAGACUCUAUUGGAAGUCAACUGUAUGCUGUUGGUGCACUUGAAGCACAAUCAAACCAUACUUUAGGAGGAAGUAUGUGUCUGAACAACACAAAACGUAAUUCGUCUUCCAUUGGCUAUUACAACACAAACAAUAACUCUUCUUUUAGCGGCGAUGAAGAAGACAUCACUACUCAAGCAGGUACCAGCAAUAAUAUACCCACUCCACUCACGUCAGAUUACCUUACGCAAAACGAUACCUUAUACAAACGUAUUGAUGACUAUCUUCGCUUAAAAGACAAGCAAUAAUAAUUGUACAACUAAUCGUGUAAAUAAAUAAAUGAUUCUAGA